UCCUCCCCCUCCCGUAAUUUGUGACUGUGUGUGUGUGUGUGUGCACGCGCGCGUCCCGGUGCGUUCAUUGGAGCGUCCCUCAAGCGUGUCACAACUUUUGGUGGAUUACCCCAGAUCUCCCGGACCUCAAGCUUCAGUCUCCAGCGCGCUCUGCUGCUCUGCGCUUCUCCACGCUCCUCCUCCAGCAACUUACACCUGCCGACAGCGGACCAAACAGGCAGUGCGCGAGCUGACGGCAAGAUGCUCUCCAUACCGCUCCUGGACUUGUCCCUCCACGGGGACCGGACUCACCACGGCGGCGCGGUGUCCGCGCUGUUCUCCGCGCUGGUGCUGCUCAGCGCGCUCCUGCUUCUCCAGGGGCUCGGGGGCGCGACCGCCGCCUGCACGACGUGCGCCACGGCGAACAGAGACUCGGACGAGAACGCGCUCAUCGAGGCGGCCAAGAGGCAGAUCCUCAACAAGCUACACCUGCGCGAGAGACCCAACAUCACACACACCGUGCCGCGCGCCGCCCUCGCCACCGCGCUGCGCAAACUGCACGCCGGGCGCGUGCGGCCGGACGGCACCAUCGAGCUGGACAACGGCGGGGCGAGCUCGCACGUCAACGACCAGUCCUACGAGAUAGUCAGUUUUGCAGAUAUGGAUGAUUUAGACUCCAGUGGAAUUGACCCCAGCCUGUCCUUCCAGUUCCUCCAGGAGCGUGGUCAGAGUGUGCAGGUGCUGCAGUCCUCACUGUGGCUGUACGUGCGUCCUGCUGAUGGCCCGCGCCCGGCCGUCCGCGUCUCCGCCCAGGUCUACCUGUCUGGCAUAGACGAUGCCGAGAACCGCACCCUGCUCCUCCAGAGAAACGUGGAGGUGGCACGAGGUGGCUGGCACACCUUCCCCGUCAGCAGCACCCUGCAGGCCUUCCUGGAUGGUGGGCAGCGGCGUCUGCGGCUGGAGGUGCACUGCGAGGACGGUGGCCAGAAUCUGUGCAGCCGGCGUGGUGCCGACACCUCCCAGCAGCCCUUCCUGGUGGCACAGGUUCGUUUACGCGAUGACUCCAAGCACGCCCUGAGCAAGCGCUCACUGCACUGCGGCGAUGACGUCAGCGUGUGCUGUAAGAAGGACUUCUACAUCAAGUUCAAGGACAUCCAGUGGCAGGACUGGAUCAUCGCACCUGAAGGCUACCACAUGAAUUACUGCAUGGGCCAGUGUCCGCAGCACCUGGCCGGCUCACCGGGCAUCGCCUCAUCCUUCCACGCCACCGUCUUCAGCCAGCUGAAGGCGAACGGCAUCCACACGGCCGUCUCUUCUUGCUGUGUUCCCAUUCAGAGACGUCCGCUCUCAAUGGUCUACUUUAACUCACAGCACAGCAUCGUAAAGACCGACGUCCCCGACAUGAUCGUGGAGUCCUGUGGGUGCACGUAAAACAGGACACCAAACAUCAGAGACAAGUUCCUAUUGCAGAAGGCACUUUUACUUUAAUGAAGACAUUGUGUGACAUUUUAUACCUUCAUUUGAGAUUGGUAACUUUUAUAUGCAGUAAAAGUGUGAAGUAAUUCUAUUUAUCAACUGUGUUAAUGUGGCCCCCUCAUGCAGGCCUCUUGUUCUUUACCCGAUGCAAAGAAAGGCUCACAAAUCUUAUAUCAUAUCUUUUAGGGCAUUUCAAAUGUAUCAAAGCAGUGCACAGGUGAAGCAAAGACACUGUAGGGAUUAUGUGAUCCUCUGGGCCUUUACACUGUACUGUUUGAUUAGUUUUCAACUAAGGUCGCUGGCCUAACCUCUGCCUGGUUACCCAAUGAGAUGGGUAAACAUUUAGUUAUUGCCACAUGCACAAGCGAAAGUCUAAAAAGGGCAAGAUGGUAAAUGGACAUAUGUGACAUGCUGGAUUCUGUUUGAUGUGAAAGUUCUUGGGGAUCGGGGAUUAUAUCUGAGCCUGCAAAUUUCACAUUGUAUUCCACAAAGUUCUCAAGGCUUUUUAUGUACUGUUUUGUUUACGUCAACCAUAGUUGUGUUCAUGCUUUUGUUGUUUUGAGUUGUUUUGUUUAGGUCUGUGUUAAGUUAAGACUCUUUCUUUAGGCAUCCUAGCUUUAUUUAGAGAUGUGUUUAAUGUAUUUUUGGCACAUGCUAUACAUCUGGAAUUUCUGCAAAAUUUAACAAAGAAGCUUUUCACCAUUUCCCAAAGAUAAGGAGAAAACAAUGAGAUAAAAAGAGAAAUGUCUUGUUGAAGCACUUCCUCUCCUGCAGUGCAUUAGGUAUGACAUAUUGAUACAGGAUACAGAGGUGUGAUUAUGCUGGUCUCAGGUUAUGGCAUUAUAGCUUGCUUCAUUUACUAUGUUUACAGUUCUAUUGAUUUCAGGGUCAGACUCACAAAGAACAGAAAGUCUUUCUUAAUGAUGGAUUUCUACAAUGCUUCCAGAUUUACCACUGCAUGCAUGAAGCACUUUUAGAAACUGAACUUAAUGCUUCUGUGUCACAACUCAGGUUUGUGGCUGCACUUUUGUACCUGUUAAAAUAUAAUAAUUUGCAUUCAGCUUUUGUUUUCAGUUGGGUCACGUCUGACUUUUGCAUGUGUUUGUACACUUUUUUUGUUGCUUUUUUUUCUUCUGUUCAUUGAUGUAAGUUAAAUAUGUUGUAAGUUAUGACCAAAUACCAAAUAAUUUAUUUGUAUGUAAUUUAUAAUAAUUUUAUAACAAUAUUUUCAUACAAUAGGAUAGUUUGACAAUCAUGUAAUCUUACACUGUGCUUUUGUUAAAUGUGUUUAUAUUUUAUUAAUAUAAAAUAAAAGAAAUAAAAAAUA